AGACAUCGGAGGCAAAAAAACCCGAGCGCGAGAUCGCAUGUAUUAGAGAAGUCGGCAACACAUGUUGGGUGCAUGGGGUGUAUAGAUAGCCAUCCGUAGAUUCCCGUUAACAGAAGAGAGCAAUUCUGCACAAUUGCUGUCGUGCUCUUCGCCAGCUUUCAGCUGCUCUGACGGUUCACUGCUCUCCUCAAGCUUGCGCCUAGGCGUUAACCUGACCACAGCUGUCCAGUAAUUCCUCUUACCAACCACCGGAUAUUAACUGCUACUCUUUUGUUCUUGUGGAUCAGUUCGAUAACCCGUUCGGACGAUGGAUUUCUCCGCAUCCAGGUAUACAACAUCCACCAAGGGAACCAGCGCGGCCGACAUCGGGGUGCUGUCCCGCCUUGAGGACAAAAUCAGGCUACUGCAGGAAGAUCUCGAAACUGAACGGGAGCUGAGAGCCCGGAUUGAGCGGGAACGAUCCGACUUAGCCGUUCAGCUGGUCCAGCUGAACGAUCGCUUGGAGGAAGCUGAAGGAGCUCAGGAGGCGCAGACGGAACUGAAUCGCAAACGUGAUCAGGAGCUUGCCAAACUGCGAAAAUUGCUUGAAGAUGUCCACCUGGAAGGUGAAGAGACCACCGCUGGACUCCGCAAGAAGCACAACGAAUCACUGGUUGAACUGCAAGAUCAAAUUGACCAGCUUCAGAAAUCCAAGCAAAAGGUGGACAAGGAACGCAGCCGCAUUCAGGCAGAGGUCAUCGAUUUGGUCGCCCAAGUGGACCAUCUGCGCAGCGAACGGGACCAAGCUGAGAAGAAGUACGACAAGGCGGAAGCUGCGGCCGCCCAGGCUACUCAGCGUGCCGAAGAGUACAAUCGGCAAGUGCAGGAUUUGAACAACCACAAGACUCGGCUGGUUCAGGAAAACAACGACCUGAUCCGUGACAUGCAAGAACUGAAGAAGUCCAUUGAAAAUCUUGACUUUAUGAAAACGACUCUGGCUCGUCAACUGGAGGAUACCAAACGCAAACUGGAGGAGGAAGAGCGAUCUCGCCAAACUCUGCAAACAACUGUCCACAACCUGGAGACGGAUAUUGAGACCUACCGGGUCCAGAUUGAAGAGGAGUCCGAGUUCCGUAUGGAGAUCGAGAAACAGUUGUCGAUCUCUAAGACGGAAGCGUCCACCUAUAAGAGCAAAUACGAAGCUGAACUGUCUGCCCAUCAGCUGGAAGUCGAAGACAUCAAGAAGAAGUUCCAUCUCCGCCUGGUGGAAGCUGAAGAACAGGUGCAGAACGCUUUAGCCCGUGCAUCUAACCUGGAGAAGCAGAAGAGUCGUCUCCAGGCCGAAGUUGAGAUCUUGAUUGUUGAUCUGGAGAAGGCUAACUCAGCUGUUCAGCAACUGGAAAAACGCAAUGCUGCUUUGGAAGACACCGUCAACAGCUUGAAACGUCGCAUCGAUGAAAUCAGCCUGGAACUGGAAACCUCCCAGCGUGACCUGCGCGCUGCUCAGGGUGAAGUCAACCGACUGAAACAAGCUGUCGAGAAACUGACCGAGCAGCGUGACGCUCUGGCUCGGGAGAAAAAGAAACUUGAAGAUGACCUCCACGAGUCCAAGGAAGCUCUGGCGGAUGCCACUCGCCGCUUCCAUGAACUGGAGAUCGAACUGCGUCGUGUGGAAGGCGAACGUGAUGACUGGCGUCUGGCUUAUCAAGAUGCCGAAUCUCUUCGUAAGCAGGAAGAAGCAAAGGUCAUCCGCUUGACUGCUGAGAACCAACAGAUCCGUGUUGAAUACGAACGUCGUCUCCAUGACAAAGAAGAGGAAUACGAAGCAAUGAGGAAGCAACUGACCAUUGAAAUUGAGACACUGACUGCCCGCUUGAUCGAUGCCGAAACUAAGUUGAAGACCGAAGUUGCACGCAUCAAGAAGAAGAUGCAGGCUCAGAUCACCGAAUUGGAAAUGCAGUUGGACAAUGCCAACCGCGCCAAUCUGGAAGCCCAUAAGACCAUCAAGAAACAGCAACUGCACAUUCAGGAACUCCAAGUUCAUUAUGAAGAUGUCCAGCGUCAGUUACAUCAGACUUUGGAUCAACUGACCAUCAUGCAGAAACGUGUCCAGACUCUUCAAGCUGACAACGAUGAGCUGCGCGUCGCCGCGGAACAGGCGCUUCGUGGCCGCAAGGCUGCAGAGGCUCAGCUUGACGAGGUCUCGGCUCGCGCUCAAGAACUGACCACCUUGAAUGCUACUCUUCUGGCCGCCAAGAGCAAGCUGGAAACUGAUUAUGGCUCACUUCAGUCUGACUUCGAUGAAGUCAGCCGUGAAUGGAAGGGUGCUGAAGAACGUGCAACUCGGGCUCAGGGUGAUUUGAACAAAGCCGUGGAACAAAUGCACGAGGAACAAGAGCGGGCUAUGAAAUACGACACCAUGCGCAAGGCUCUUGAAGGUCAGGUUAAAGAGCUGCAGGUCCGCCUGCAGGAGAUGGAGGCGUCUGCUCUCAUUGGUGGAAAACGCUUGGUCUCCAAACUCGAGGGUCGUAUUCGCGAUAUGGAAGCCGAAUUCGAAGAGGAACGUCGUCGCCACGCCGAAACCCAAAAGAUCUGCGCUAAGAAAGAGCGACGCAUUAAGGAAGUCCAGCUUCAGGGAGAGGAGGACCGCAAGAAUGUUGUUCUCCUUCAAGAUUCAGUUGAAAAACUGACCGAACGAUGCAAGCUGCUGAAACGUCAAGCUGACGAAGCCGAGUCUCUGGCUCUACAAAAUGUUACCAAAGUACGAAAAUUCCAGCGGGAGAUGGAAGCUGCCGAAGAUCGGGCUGAUAUGGCUGAAAGCAACCUUUCUCUAAUCCGUGCCAAACACCGAAGCACCGUAACUACCAGCUCUGGGGGCGCUGCUCGCGGAAAUGUUUAUGUCCUUGAAGAACGGGCAGAUUACACGUCAAGCAGAAAUUAUUAGAAGAAAGUCACUCACAAUAAUUUAGUUUAACUUCCAAAAGCAUGCGCUAAUUAAUGUCGUUAAGGUGUCGUCACUGUUGAUGAGAUUAGACGUCAGUUUCAUAGAGCUUUCGAGCUUUUCGAUUGGUUGAUGUUGUAUGUUAGACGGGCCUCCUUGCAACGACGGAGGCAGAAAACCUAAUGGGCAGCGGUUUUUUUCCAACAUCCGCAAUUUCUAUGCUUUUCCCAUAUUUUUCUGUUUGUGGUAGUCACUUUAAUUAUGCGUAGAUGUGGCUUUAUUUAAUCGAAAGCCAAUAUUCUAGUAAGUCUUGUUACCGUGAGUAUUAACUAUUUGUCUAUUUCGACAUCCCACUUGAUCCACAACCACAACUGUAAUAAAAACGUUAAUGUUG